ACACACCCCACUUUCCCCUUUCUCCCUGUCAUUUUUCGAAAUCCCAAACCCACAGCAGCGGCCACCACUUUCUCCCGUCAAUCGCAGAAGCAUUAACGCCGCUCGUCGCUCUCCCCCCCCUUCCUCAGCUUAUAGAAGAUGGCAGAAGGUGAGGAUAUCCAGCCACUUGUCUGCGAUAAUGGAACUGGAAUGGUCAAGGCUGGGUUUGCUGGUGAUGAUGCUCCUAGGGCAGUGUUCCCUAGCAUUGUUGGUCGCCCACGUCACACAGGUGUGAUGGUUGGAAUGGGGCAGAAGGAUGCCUAUGUUGGGGAUGAAGCUCAGUCUAAGAGAGGUAUUUUGACUUUGAAAUACCCCAUUGAGCAUGGUAUAGUAAGUAACUGGGAUGAUAUGGAGAAGAUCUGGCAUCACACUUUCUACAAUGAACUUCGAGUUGCCCCAGAAGAGCACCCUGUGCUGCUUACUGAAGCACCUCUCAACCCAAAGGCCAAUCGUGAGAAGAUGACCCAAAUCAUGUUUGAAACCUUCAACACUCCUGCUAUGUAUGUUGCCAUUCAGGCUGUCCUCUCCCUUUAUGCCAGUGGUCGUACAACUGGUAUCGUUCUGGACUCCGGUGAUGGUGUCAGCCAUACCGUCCCUAUCUAUGAGGGAUAUGCACUCCCUCAUGCCAUCCUUCGUCUCGACCUGGCUGGUCGUGACCUGACUGACGCUCUCAUGAAAAUCUUGACCGAGCGUGGCUAUUCCUUCACUACCACAGCUGAGCGGGAAAUUGUGAGGGAUAUGAAGGAGAAGCUAGCAUACAUAGCCCUUGACUAUGAGCAGGAGCUGGAAACUUCAAAGACUAGCUCUUCUGUUGAGAAGAGCUAUGAGCUUCCUGAUGGACAAGUGAUUACAAUUGGUGCUGAACGUUUCAGAUGCCCUGAAGUCCUUUUCCAGCCCUCAAUGAUCGGAAUGGAAGCUGCUGGGAUUCAUGAGACUACAUACAACUCUAUCAUGAAGUGCGACGUGGAUAUCAGAAAAGAUUUGUAUGGCAACAUUGUUCUUAGUGGUGGAUCUACCAUGUUCCCAGGCAUUGCAGACAGGAUGAGCAAGGAAAUCACUGCUUUGGCUCCUAGCAGCAUGAAGAUCAAGGUGGUUGCUCCACCUGAGAGGAAAUAUAGUGUCUGGAUUGGAGGCUCCAUCUUGGCAUCUCUCAGCACUUUCCAGCAGAUGUGGAUCGCCAAGGCAGAGUACGAUGAGUCUGGCCCCUCCAUCGUCCACAGGAAGUGCUUCUAAGUCAUGCUGUGCUGAGGCUGUCGUCGUUCUUUUUCUUCUUGUGUUGGAGCCGCUGCAUCUUGCAAGAAUUUCCUCUGUUUAUGUUAGCUUCUUUUUCGUUUCAUAUUACUAUUAUUUUUCUUUCUCCUCUUCCGAAUUCAUUCGGCUAUGCACUAAGAACGAAUGAAGUGACAUAUUGUCAUUCUCGUUAGCAGAUUUCUCAAUACAAGUUAUGCGAUCUCGUAUUAUGAUGUCUGGUGUCAGUGGUGUGUUAGAGACUUCAUAUUUAUUUACUAGUUAAAUCUGCACUUUCUAUGUU